CUCUUGUCGCAUCACAACCUCCAAGCAGCUUGACUCAAAAUUUCACAAAGCUUUUGACGGAUCCGUUUCGGAUUGCAUGCGGGAACACCCUCUGGUACUGGCAGCUUCGCGUUUCAGCACAUCUGACGUUCGUGCAACGCAUUUUCGAUCCGCCGGCCGUCAGCUGCAAAACGACGGGCCUGGGCAUUGUAGCUCUCUCCAAUCUCACGUCUGAGGGCCACUGAGCUGGCGAGCAACCAGCUACUGGGGCGAUUGCAUCGGCUUGCGGGCACCGAGCCUCCCAACGACGAUGCCGUUCUCAAACUCAAUGAGGCGGCAAGUCUGCCACGUCCGCACCAUCUCAACAUACCGGCUUCUGGGUGCUUCCUCCAUUCAGUCUUCAGCCCUAGCGCCUCGAAGUGCGACAGCACACGUCGCCUCUCCUGCAAUUCACAAUAGCCUGCAUACAUCGUGCGCCUUGUCAGACAAAUUGAAAUCGCAUAGCGGAGCCAAGAAACGUUUUCGGGCAGUGGGCAAGCAACGAAAAACGGUCGGAAGCGCCCCUUUUCCAUUCGCAAGCAGUCCCUACUCCAUUCGACUGCAGCGCCAGCAGCAUCAAGAACAACAGGAUCUACAUGCUCUAGCCCAUGGCCUGCCAGUUGAGAUGCUAGGGAGACGGGCACCGCUUCCUAUCAGACGCGUUGUUGGACCCUUGUUCAAGAGGGGAUCGGCAGGAAAGAGACACUUGAAUGUGGGCAUGAGCUCUGGUAGAAAAGUCAGGCUGAGAGGUAAUGUCUUGGAAAGAGGAGGAAAGAGGAGUCAGGUGCUUCGUAGAAUGCUCGCUGCCAGAAUCUAGAGGGGAGCUGGACAAACAUCAGGGGAGGAAAGCUACGCGGGGGAAGCAGCACGAAGUUGAUCAAACAGUCAGCUGAUCUUCGAGGACGUACAGAGGGGGGGUCACAUGAAUCAUCAAGACGGUCGACUUGAUGACUCCUUGCCUUGCGAGCGGGCGCCCACCUUGGCAUCAUUCACAACAGGCACGGCAUCAACAAACAUCAGAACGUCACGCGUACAGCUCAACUUGGACCACGCAGCACAGGUGACUGGACAUGCUCUGUAUUCGUACCGAGUCCUGUGCCAGCUCAGUGCGCAUUCAGCAAGCGCCAUGGCCGUGGCACAAUCGAUCACCACGCAAAAAGCGUCGCAGCAAAAGCUCGUCUAUAUCCGCAUGAAGUUCGAUCGAGACCGUGGUAUACGAACAGACAAUGGGGCUGCAUUCGAGAUAGUGUGUCAAGCUAGGGGGCAUGAGAACACCUCUGGACAAUAGUAGGACGAUUGAAGCGCUCGAUGCGGCACUUCUUCUGGUAGGUGACGGACUGUGGUGUGCGUCGAAAAGCG